GCCAGUAUAAAAGAGGCACAGAGGAGUGGGAGGGAUCCUGGAGACCCCGAGGCCAUAAGGGAAACUGAGGCACACACACAGAGGUGCGGGUGCCCAUGGCAGGCUGGGCCCUCUGCACGGCCCUGGUGCUGGCAGCGCUGGCAGGGGCGGUGGGCGAGACCCGCUAUGAGAAGUUCCUGCGGCAGCACGUGGACCACCCCCGGACAUCCGUGCUCGCGGCGCACCGCUACUGCGAGACCAUGCUGGCACGCCGGCGGGUGACGGCCCCGGGGCGGCCCUGCAAGCCCUCCAACACCUUUGUGCACGCACCAGCCGAGGAGUUGCUGGCUGCCUGCACCCAGACGCCUGAUGCAGCGGGGCUCCGCAGCACCCCGACACCCAUGGGCCUCACAGCCUGCCGCCUGCGGGGGGGGGACACCCGGCCUCCUUGCACCUACCGGGCUCGGCAGCUCCAGCACCACGUGCGCGUCGCCUGCCUUGACGGGCUGCCUGUGCACCUCGCUGGCACCCACGCACCCCCCUAGUGAGGCUUGACAUGGCGGGGGGGAGGCUGUAGGUGGGGAUGUGGGUUCUCCCUCCCACUGGGGGCUCCGUGAGGGCCUGCAAUAAAGGAGGUGCCACAG